ACCGUCUCUGAACCUGACCAGAUCUUCAAGACUGAUACUGAGAUGAAGACAGUUGCAGCUUUGGCUCUCAUCUGUCUGCUUGUGGUCGACAUCAGGGGACAGGCAAGAGAGCCCAGAGGAAGGUGUUUAUGUGCUGAUGGUGGCCUCAAAAUGCUUCGUCUAAAUCGGGUGGAGAAGCUCGAAAUUUUGCCUGCAAGCCCCUCCUGUGGAAAACAAGAGAUCAUUGCCACAAUGAAGGACAGAGCAGGGAAGAAAUGCUUAAACCCAGAGUCCAACUUUGUCCAGGAGCUCAUCAAGAAGAUGAUGGAAACCAGGCGCUCACAGUAGAGAACUGUUUCUGCUCCAGUUUCACUCCAGAGACGCCCUGAGGACAACAGAGAGAAGCUGUUCAUCAGCCAUGGACUUUCACUGCGCUGAUAUUUUCAAACUAACUGAGAUUGAUCGUCCUUCUUUUUCAAUGCAAAUAAUUUUGCUGCUUUUAAAGUAUGGAGUUUUCUGUACUUUUUACUUUUGUCUGUUUCACCAAUGAACAUGUUGAGAAUAGUUGGCAUCAUUGAGACAUGACUUCAAUAAAAA